UUCACAAGCAUAGAAAAGAUCUUUGGCUGACAAACUCAUGAAACUAAUUGAAAUAUUUAUAUAUGUAUAGACCACACAGUUACAUAUAGCAGAGGAUGCAACAUGGGUGUACGCUAUAGACCACAAACAAUAUAUUCCCAGAAUGUUCGUUUUUCAAUAUAAAUAGUGAAUUUUUUCCUGUAUAUUCCAGCAAGUUGCACAGACCUGCAAGUUGCACAGAAAGUGAAGAGGAAGAGGGUAACCGUCCAUUUGUUGACGCAAAAUAAAGAGAAAAUGUGUGUUCAAGGUGCAGAGCAAGAGACAGAGGGAAUGGAAAAUCCCAAGAUUGAUGAGCAAAUAAGUAUAAAGACUUCGUCGUGGCAUUCUCAAGUUGAUUUUGUCACUGCCCAGAACGAGAAUUGGGACAAGAAUUCGUCGGCUUUUGAUAAUGCUUCUAUGAAAAAUUCAGUUCCACUGGAAAGCAUUUGCGAAGAUGCAGCCAUUACAGAUGGGAAACACAUUGUGUUGAAUAACUUCCUUCCAGCCCUUCGGUCCGGGGGGUGGUCUGAUAUUGGAGGACGGCAAGACAUGGAGGACACUCACAUUUGUAUUCCAGACUUGGCUAUGAAUUUUGGUAACAGUAUACAUGGAAAGGAGGCUGUCUCCUUCUAUGGUGUGUUUGAUGGACAUGGUGGGAAAGGUGCUGCAGAAUUUGUACGUGACCACUUACCAAGAAUCAUUGUCAAGGAUGCCGAUUUUCCAUUGGAACUUGAGAAAGUGGUCCCAAGAUCUUUUGUGGAGACUGACACUGCCUUUGCAAGAUCUUGCUCGAUUGAUUCUACUCUGUCCUCUGGCACGACUGCACUCACUGCAAUGAUAUUUGGCCAAUCAUUACUUGUAGCAAAUGUGGGAGAUUGUAGGGCUGUAUUAUCUCGGUGUGGAUUGGCAAUAGAGAUGUCAAAGGAUCACAGACCUUGUUGUGUUAAUGAAAGGGCGCGUAUUGAAUCACUUGGGGGAUUCAUUGAUGAAGAAGGAUAUUUGAACGGGCAGUUAGGUGUGACUCGGGCAUUAGGAAACUGGCAUAUCAAAGGAUUGGAUGGGGAAAACGUCGGACCAUUAAUUGCUGAGCCAGAACUUAAAUUGAUGACCCUGGUGAAAGAAGACGAGUUCUUGAUAAUCGGCAGUGAUGGAAUAUGGGAAAUUUUUAGAAGCCAAAAUGCAGUGGACUUCGCUAGGAGGAGACUACAAGAACACAAUAAUGUGAAAUUGUGCUGCAAAGAUAUUGUAAAUGAAGCUAAAAAGCGAGGGGCUACGGACAACUUGACAGUUGUGAUGGUUUGUUUUCACUCCGAGCCACCACCUCCUAUUCGAAGGUGCAUUUCUGCUGAGGCUCUUCGGAACCUUAAAUUUCUGCUUCAAGGUUAGGUAUUUUUCUCAUCAUUUUUUAUCCUGGGGUGGCCGAAUCAGCACCAUCUACAGUAAUUCUUAUAAUGAUGAUGAUGAUAACUGGAUGUUGUCUUAAAAGUGUCCUGUGAAUAAGUCAUAUGGUAGACACAUUUUUUCCUUUCGUAAUGCUUGAUUUUCGUGUCAAAGUGGAUGAGUUGACCCAAAAUAAAGCAUGAGGCUAUGCUGUUGUUGUAAGGUACACAAAAGUAUUAUUAAUAUAUAAUUACAUUCCUGAAACCUCAACUUCAGAAUUUGAACACCCAAUGUAAAGAAGGCAUUCUUGUAAUAGGCAUAGUUAAAUACUCAUUCCUGGGCAACUCGCUCGCUAUUUAUACUGGUGAA